AUGGCCAGUACUGCCAUUACGGUUGGUAAGAUCGAUGCGGGGGUAGGUCGAAUUGUCUUGCGUCUGCACGGGUCCUCCGCUGUGUUUUCGGAACUAUCCUCCACCUAUCCCCUGAAAUUACUAUCACCUCGCAUAGAACAAGAUGGGGUCGCUGUGGUCUACAAUAUGAGCUACGGAGGGGGUUUGGUGGGGGGCGAUCGUAUCCAGUUGAGCGUAGAUAUAGGAAGCGGGGCAUCACUCGUCGUGCUCACUCAGGCCAGUCGGGGGUCUACAAAGGUGUUCAAGACACGGCCGGGAGCGAGAGCGUCCACGCGGAACGCCAGUGAGAUCACCGAGCAACGCAUGACGGUCAGCGUAGCGGACGGCGGGGCGAUCUUCCUCCUCCCGGACCCAGUCACCUGUUUCCGCGCGGCGUCGUACAACCAGCUGCAGGCCUUCCACCUCGCACGCGGGGCAUCGGCCGUGUUGCUGGAUUGGGUCACGGCAGGGCGCAAGUCGCUCGGGGAGGAGUGGUCGUUCGCGCGGUAUUACAGCUUGAACGAGGUGGUCGUCGAGGGAAAGAGGGUCGCAAGGGACGUGAUGUGUCUAGAGGAGCAGGGAGAGAACGCUGGGCCGUUGGAACGACGUACACUGUGUGAGCGACUGGCGCCCUAUUCGUGCUAUGCCACUGUGAUCCUGUGGGGCCCGCUGGUGGACGGCGUAGUGACGGACCUGGAGGCUGCGUACCGAGAUAUUACGGUGUUCAGGCGGAACGCGCCGCCGUCGCUGCUGUGGUCACUUAGCCCGCUGGUGGAGUCUUCAAGUUCGCGGCAGGGGCGUAUCGUGCGAGUGGCUGGAAAGGAGACGGAACAGGUGAAGCACUGGCUGGCGGACGCGCUGAGGGCGCUCGAGGAGGUGAUUGGGACGGACGUCUACCGGAAAGCCUUUGUAUGA